GAUGUGGAGCACCGAAAUCAACCACUCCUUUUUAUUUCACAUCUCUAUCCAUACUCUAUUUUCAUAUUCUCUCUCUGUCUCUCUUCAACACAAAUGCAGAUAGAAAUGGAAAAUAAUAAUAACAAUAAUAAUAAUAAUAAUAAUAAUAAUAAUAAUAAUAAUAAUAAUGACAUGAUAAUAAGAAGCAACAGCAGUAGCAGUGCUGCUUCACCUGAAUUUGAGUUCUCUACUUGUUUUUCCCAACAAACCACCCUUCAUUCCGCCGACGAAUUAUUCUCCGGCGGCAUCCUUCUCCCCCUUCACCGUCUCACCACCGAAGACCACCCACCACUUGAGCAUACGAUUACAGAAGAAGAAGAAGAAGAAGAAGCACCCGGAUCCGACCUCAAGCCAACCACAUCUAAAAGAUGGAAAGACAUUUUCAAGAAAAAACAUCAUCAUGAUGCUGAAAACAAAAAGAAAAACAAAGAUAGAAAAUCCGCCGCCGCUGUCGGUACGGCCGAGCUCAAUAUAAAUCUAUGGCCUUUCUCAAGAAGCAGAUCGGCGGGCACGACAAGUAAGCCAAGGAUGGUGGUCGGAAACCGGAAGGUUAGUAGCGCCCCGUGUUCAAGAAGCAACUCAACCGGCGAUAAGUACCGGAAAUGGCCUAAUAGUCCGGGUCGCCCCGGUGGGCUUCAUUUGGGUCGGAGCAGUCCGGUUUGGCAAGCUAAACGGUUGGGUCAGAGCCGGAGUUUACAUGAUACCCUUGUACGGAACACCGCCGAGAAAUGUUCACGUCCAGCCACCGCCGGCGCCCGGGCAAAUGGUAAAGUGUUGAAUAUAGAUGUGCCUACGUGUAUUGAUUACCGGCAACGUAUGAGUUGUCGGCGUGAUGUUAAUAUCAUUGCUGGACGUGUCUCUGGAGGGAACGAUGAUGUAACGCCGCUGAAUGUAACCGCCGGUGAAGGUGGAGCUACUGGGUUGUUUAAUUUUAGGAGUUUGUUUACCAAAAAAGUAUUUUGACUUUUUCUUUUUUUCUCUUUAAUUUUAAAUUUUCUUUUUAUUAUUAUUAUUUUCUUUGUGUGGAAAUGUUCUCUUAUAAGAUUUACAUUGCAGUA